GCCGGUUAUAUGCGUUGUUUAUUAUUUUACUAGUUGAGGCAAUUUCAUUUCAAAUGAUUCUGGCUAUUUCUUACUAAUAAAUUAGAUCCACAGUUAUUUAAAAGUAGAUUCGUUGCAUUGCCGCCAUGUAUCACUGUGGAAUGCGUCAAUUGGAAGAAAGGCAUGUCGCCAACCAAGUUGAUCUUAUGGUUUGGAGCAACAGACUUGAUUUGUUAGCGUUAAGUAACUUCAAAGGAGAGGUGCAAGUACAUAGACUUAUAAGUUGGCAAAAAGUGUGGACAUUAUCUCCACCUAAAGAAAAUGUUACAGUGCAAGCUCUGGCUUGGAGGCCCGAUGGAAAGGCAUUAGCAGUUGGCUACAGUUCUGGCAGCGUCCACAUUGUGGACAUAGAAGACAAGGAAAUCCUCGACAAGUAUGAUUUGGAACCGGAGCCUUCUGAAGAGUUUGAAGACUCAAAGCAUUACGGUAUCACUUGCAUCACUUGGGCAGUCAGAGCUACUACUCUGGAAAGUGCAACAGAGUAUAAUAUCUAUGACGAUGCAUCAAUAUUUCUCCAAAAAACACCAUCGCUUAGCAGUGGCUAUAAAAACCAGUCGUCCGAGGAUAAUGUUAAGGACAUCAAGGAGAUGCAGGAGCAGACCCAACUCAACAUGCUGCUGGUUGGCUAUGGCACUGGACACAUCUAUAUGAGUGUGUUUGGCAGAUACCCAUACGGCACUAUCCAUCUCACACAAAUUGCAAAAGACGAAUUUGGAGAGUUCAAAGUAUUAGACAUAAAUCUUUCAGAAGAUUUUAGUAUGAUGCAAGUAUUUUACUUAGAUAGAGCUACGAACAAUCUGUACGCGGCACUUAUCAACACAAGUGUGUUGUCUGCCUAUGCAGAGGAGAUAUUUGUUGUGGCAAAUAAACACAGCCAACUGACUCAGUUGAUGUCUCAUCUUGAUCAGACAAUGAUAUCUAUUACUGAAGCCUGGGAGCACAUUCUAUUGGAAAUGGAUACAAAAAUGGCGUACUAUGCUGCGUCUGUCCCGGAGGGUGGAGUGUCUGCGGAUCUACUAGAGCUACUUAUGCUAGGUGUUCCGUCUGAUCAGCUGGAGUUGUUUCUUCUGAAAGAAUUAACAGCAAAAGGUUUGAAAAAGUUAGGGAGCUCAGUCGAACUGAGUUAUUCUACAAUUCAGAAACUGGUUCUCAAGCAAUUAAACAUUGUUGGACAAAGCCUAACAUACUACCUGGCUGAACUUAGAGGCUUGGCAAGGAUACCAGAUCGAUAUAAGAUACUCGGCCUCGAGGAAGCCACCGUGACCGAAGCCAUCCGCGCGUGCUGCGCCUUCCUGAACAAGAGUUUGGAGCUGCAGCAAGUGAUCGACAUCUCCAUGCGCCACUACAAGGCCUUCUUCCGCUGGCUCUUCGUCGUCAUCGCCAGGUUGCUAGAUGAACAAACACCCAGCGAAAUCGUCAAAAUAACUCAGCAAGAACUCACGCACCUUGCAGAGUUCUUGUACAACUUUGAUAAUGUUCAAGUGGAAGGGAGCGAAACUGUGUCCGAAAAGCCUGUGAAAUUCAAUCUGGAAAGACUCGGGCAGUACCUUCAGGACCAAGAUCUAACUAUAUUAACUGAUAGCGAUGAUAACCCCUGGCAUAAGUUUCUUGCAGAAAAUGCGUGCUUGAUGAAAGAUAACGAGACCAUUUUCUCUAUGUCCGAAUUUAGAAAGUUCUCCCUAGUGCAACAACAAACGUUUCUGAAAAAUGCUAUCAAUAAAGUCUUCGACGUCACAGAUAAAGAUACCGGAAAACACUUUUCAGUUCUGUACAAUCUGAGGUGUUAUGAAGACAAAUCAAGUUCGUAUACUAAGAAUAAUCUACGGGUAUCUCAAAUGUUUGAUCCGGCUCAGCAAAGAUUCAUGAUGGCGUUUACAAACAACGCAAGCGGAAGUGAUGGAAUUUGUUUCAUGUCGGUGGCUAUCAAGGAGAAAUCUUGCAACGCUUCAGCUAUCAAAUAUUACAUAACAUCCGGUUUGAUACGGGACUUGAACAAGGAACAGUUUGACGAGGAAAAUGUAGCAGUACUGGACUUGCAGUUUUACUCAGCAGAGUACUUGUCUAUGUUGAUACGGCACCCGUGCAGCAGUGAAAGUACGAUAUUCGUGCAGUUGCCUCUAAAAAUAGCGUUGGAUAAUGCCAACGAGUUCAAUGUUAAAGCGAAGUCCUGUAUAUUUAAUGAAAAAAUAUCUCGAAGAAACAUUACGUCUCUGUUAGAUCAGGGCAUUUACACCGUGCUGGACAAAAUGGAUGGUUUUAGAAUAGCCGUGUCGGGCGGGCGCCGGGUGGCCGUGGUGCUGUCCGCGAGCCGCAGGAAAGUCAGAGUGUUCGAAAUGGAGGCCGACGCAGACGACGACGAUGACACUCUGGACUCGACGCAACAGUCGCUGUCGGCAACUAACGACUCAUACAGAAGUGAUCAAUGAUCUUGU